AUGGACUCGAUUGAACGCCUCGUCGGAGACCUUCAUGAGCUAGACUCCAUCGUAUACGGAGCUGCAAACCAGGUCUCGACCCCCGCGGCCACGCCGGUAGUGGGAGUGGUCGCUGCCCUACCCUUCAUCUGGCAGCGUGCCCCGGAAUCCUGGUGGGCCUACCGCAAGCUCCAGAACCAGAGGAAGACACAAUACGCUGCCAACCGUGCACCCCAGCGUCAGUCAACGGGGAAGGGGAACCACACGAUGAAAGUACUCAAACCACGCAGCGCCAACAGCCCGCAUGGCGAGCGCAACGAUGCACAUCAUCAACAAAUCAUGACGCAUGAAUACGGUCCCACGAGCCGUCCAAGCAUACAGCAGUAUAUGUAA